AAAAAAAAGCAAGCAAAAUGUCUGUUACUACUGAUUCUCAACAUAUUCAUUUACCUGGUGAUACUCAUCCAGGUUUACUUCAAGUGGUUCGUCAAGGUACUCCUGAACAAUUUUCAAGUAAAUUGGUGGUUCAAUUGGAUUACGCGAAAGGAGCUUCUGUUGUGGAUUUGAAAGGAUUAACUCCUGGACCUAAACGUUACUCUUCUGUUCAAAUUUCUGCUACUGAACAUGUUGAGUUGAACAGUGAUUUGGUGUUUAUGAAUCACUCUUGUGAUCCUUCUGUUCAUUUGGACGUGGAUCGUAUGGCUAUUGUAGCUUUAAAAGAUCUCAAGGCUGGUGAUGAACUAACUUUUUUCUACCCUUCCACUGAAUGGGAUAUGGCUCAACCAUUUGCAUGCUGGUGUGGUUCACCAAAGUGUAUUGAAACUGUAAGGGGAGCUAAACAUUUAUCUACAAGUACUUUGAAUCAAUUUGUUCUCAGUAACCAUAUUCAACAACUAAUCAAAGAUCGUGAUGCCCAAUCAUAAAGGAUAAUGCAUGCAUUCACAUGUAGAAAAAAUAACAACAAUAACAGAGAUAGUCGGUUCAGCAGGUUUGAAUAAUAUUUAUCCAAUAAAGUUCAAUAUUUUAUUCAUACAUAUCGAUAAUAUAUAUAUAUAUAUAUAUAUAUAAAAGUAAAUAAGAACAAAGCUAAACCAAAACGAUAAUUCGAGCUUGAUGAUCUUGAUUAAAGUUUGCUGAAGUACGACGCAGAUGCUUGUUCCAUAUCAGCCUUUGUUUUCUGUAAAAGUUUGGGAGUAAAUUCCGCGAUCUUUUCCAUCAUGGCAUCUCCAAUACAAGAAUCUAUAGAUAGAUAGACAGAGAGAUAAAAGAUAAAUGUUUUAAAAUGGUAAUGAUAAAACAAUCAAAAGAUCAUCCUUU